UCGACAUGAGAGAGCUCUCAGCUCCUCACAGUUCCUCAUGGCUCCUCUCAGUUCCUCACAGCUGCUCCUGAUGCUGAUUUAGCACAGAGGAACUUUGGGGGGGGGUUGCCUGUGAAGGUCCCUCAUCCACUGUAAAACAUGGCCCUGUUCCUGAGUGGGUCCCACAACAUAGAAGCUUACUUCAGCCUGAUACGAGGGAGGGCCAGACGGAGGCGCAGGAGACGCUCUGAGUGUAAAGGUGUCGGAGACCCGGCCAUGUCUGAAGGUCGGGCAGGGGUCCGGCAGCCUCGAGGUCAACAGAAAUCUUCAGCCACGGACAGAGAGGAGGAGGAGGAGAACAUGAGUAUGUGCAGCACUGAUGUGAAGGAAAACCGCCGCCUGGGUAAUGUGUCCUCCAAGGAGGCAGGGGGUGACACAGUACAGCUCCCCAAUGGUAGUGGUGGAGCCAGCCGUAAGCGUCCCCUUGAGGAGGGCAACAACGGCCCUGCCCAUGCCAAGUUCCGGCCCAAAAAGCGUAAAAAGGCAGUGGGACCAGUGCUGCCCAAGAAUGCGCUUAUGCAACUGAACGAGAUCCGGCCGGGGCUGCAAUACCAGCUACAGUCGCAGACAGGCCCUGUGCAUGCGCCUGUCUUCAUCAUGACUGUUGAGGUUAACGGGCAGCUCUUUGAGGGCUCGGGUCCUACCAAGAAAAAGGCCAAGCUAUGCGCAGCCGAGAAAGCGCUGCGCUCCUUCGUACAGUUCCCCAAUGCAUGUGAGGCGCACCUGGCCAUGGGCCGCACGAUUGCCGUCACCACCGACUUCACCUCCGACCAGGCCGAUUUCCCUGACACGCUCUUCAAUGGCUUUGAGACUCCCGCUCCCCCUGCACCUGUCUUCUUCCCCACCCCACUGGGAAAGUACCCGUCAUCACCUGCAGGUGCCCCUACACUGAGCCGGCCCCUACUGCCCACCCUCGCCACUCCAGCUCCCCAACCCAGUGGGAAGAACCCGGUGAUGAUCCUGAACGAGCUGCGGCCAGGUCUCAAGUACGAGUUUGUGUCAGAGAGUGGUGAGAGCCAUGCCAAGUGCUUCAUCAUGGCAGUCAUGGUGGAUGGGCGUAGCUUCCAGGGCUCGGGGCGCAACAAGAAGCUGGCAAAGGCGCGUGCCGCACAGGCUGCACUGUCUACACUCUUCAACAUGCAGCUAGACCAGACACCCUCCCACCAGCCAAUCCCCUGCGAGGGCCUGCAGCUACACCUGCCACAGGUGGAGUCCUGUCUUCAAACUGGCAGCCUCUUGGGCCAACGUGGCUCCCCAACCCUGAGGGGUGUGUGUUUGUGUGUAUGUGUCCCGCAGGUCCUGGCGGAUGCCGUCUCCUGCCUGGUCGUGGACAAAUUCAGCGAGUUGACGGACAACUUCACUUCACCUCACGCACGCCGGAAAGUCCUGGCAGGAGUUGUUAUGACGACAGGCUCCAACUGCAAAGAGGCCCAGGUUAUCUGCAUCUCCACGGGAACCAAGUGCAUCAACGGCGAGUACAUGAGCGACCGUGGGUUGGCGCUGAACGACUGCCACGCCGAGAUCAUCGCCCGACGCUCGCUCAUCCACUUCCUGUACUCGCAGCUGGAGCCCUUUCUCAGUCACAACAAGAAGGAGGAGCAGCAGAGGUCCAUCUUCAGCAGGUGUGAGGGGCGUGGUUACCGGCUGAAAGAGAACGUGCAGUUCCACCUGUACAUCAGCACCUCACCCUGUGGGGACGCUCGCAUCUUCUCGCCCCAUGAGGCUGGAGUGGAAGACCAGGGUGACAGACAUCCAAACAGGAAGGCGCGUGGGCAGCUGCGCACAAAGAUAGAGUCAGGCGAGGGCACCAUCCCUGUGCGCUCCAGCAGCACCAUUCAGACGUGGGACGGCGUCCUGCAGGGUGAGCGUUUGCUCACCAUGUCCUGCAGUGACAAGAUUGCCAGGUGGAACGUGGUGGGGGUCCAGGGCUCGCUGAUGUGCUACUUUACGGAGCCCAUCUACUUUUCCAGCAUCAUCCUGGGCAGUCUGUACCAUGCCGACCACCUGUCCCGCGCCAUGUACCAGCGCAUUGCAGACAUCGAGGCCCUGCCUCCCACCUUCACCCUCAACCAGCCCCUGCUUAGCGGGAUCAGUAAUGCAGAAGCCCGGCAACCAGGCAAGGCCCCCAACUUCAGCGUGAACUGGACGGUGGGCGACCAGGCACUGGAAGUCAUCAACGCCACCACGGGGAAAGACGACAUGGGCCGGGCCUCGCGCCUCUGCAAGCAUGCCCUCUACAGGCGCUGGCUGCGGCUGCACACCAAGCUGUCCCCGACGCUGCGGAUCCGCGCGGUGCGGCCUGGCUCAUACCAUGAGGCCAAGCAGGCGGCGGUGGAGUACCACAACGCCAAGCGUGCCCUCAUGAAGGCCUUCCAAAAGGCAGGCCUCGGCGCUUGGGUCAAGAAGCCCAUCGAGCAGGACCAGUUCUCCCUCACAUCCUGAGUGGAUCAGAAUCGGACUCAACUCAUUUCCUGGAGACAGCAGACCCUAGACUCCGCCCCCCCCCCCCCGUUCCUCAUCUUUUUGUCAUCCUUUUUUUAUUAUUCAUUUUUUUAAGUAUCAUUGAACAUAAACAUGCAGUUGUAAUGAUUGUAAUGAUUUUUGAACUGGAAAACUUGCAUUUUUUAUUUUGUUAUUUUAUUCCAUAGAAUAUUAGAUUUUUUAAUGAAAUGAAAAAAGGGAAUGUGCCUGUCAGGUGAAAGUUCAACCUGGCCAAUCAGCUACACUCGGAGCGAGGGAUUGUGGGUGUCAUCUUCAUCAGCUCGUUUUACUGUAAUGACAGAAAGAAAUUUGUGCCAGUUUGCCAUGCAUGUUUUUGUGCUGAAUGCACACAAAUGUGCUCCACCAGCAGAGGGUUGGGGGGUGGCUGUGUGUCCAGCGCACUCAGGGUCCGAAUCAACUUUGCCCACUUGGUAGAAAGAUGCUGUCCAUUUGGACAUGUGAUCUUUCUUUAUGUAAACAGAACCUGCCCCAAGAUUGGUCUGUAAAGAUGAGGCUCUAAAAUGCGGAAUAGUCAUUUAAAUACAUCUCAGGUUUGCUUAUUUUCUUUUCUCGUUUCCAAUAGGAAAAACCGAAUGGCUGUUGGGGAAGUAGAGCUGUCUUUGUUUCAUUAUAAAAUACGGCCUAUUCUGUGACUGAGUUCUGUGGACUCGCUAGAUGCUGAGAGUCUGAUUGUGAGCAUUUCGGUUUAUGUGUGAUGUAAAUGGUAUUGGGAGAAUUUUGCUAUGCUCCUUUUACUUAGACUAUUCAAUACUAAUACUAAUGCCUGGUUAAGGUAUUUGCAGGGUUUAGCACUUGUUUUGUCUGUCCUGCUUCUUUCUACAUGGGUACCUGUUGAGAGGUUUGGGUUCAGUGUGGAUCUGACCCAGCUUGCAACCUUCAUUUUUACCAGCAAUUUGUCGAAAAAAUAAGUUUUUAUUUUUCUCCGCUGUUUGGUGUACACACUGUGUCCCUGUCCCAGUAUGAUAGAUAGAUGGAUGAAUGGAUGUAUGGAUGUAUGGAUGGAUGUUUCUUCGUGUAGUGGAUGAGACACAACCUGUCCUGACCUUUCUGUUUUCCCUGCUGAAGUGUAAAGGAGAUUUUUUUACUAGGUGCAUUUAUUAACUGCUGUCCUCUCACUUCCCUGAAUGUGAUCUUUUUCAUGUAAGCGACAAUGAAGUUGUUUUUAUCUGCUAUCAGAGUGUGCAUGCAUUUUUUGUGUGUGUGUGUGUCUGUGUGCAUUGUUUUUUUAAAUCAGUCUAUUGUGUGGACCAGAUUUCCCCACAAUGUGAUAAAAACCUAUAACUUUCUACCUUGUGAGAGCAUUUUUUCAGUCCCCACAAGGAUAACCACAAUUUUAUAAAAAUCUGUAAACGCAAUCAAAAAAUGAAAUGUGCCAAAAGUCUUGUAUUGAUUCGAUACUUAAGGUUACGGUUAAGGUUGUCAUAGCUAGGACCUCGGUUAUAACCAUAGAAAUUAAUGGAGAGUCCCCAUAAAAGAUAUGAAUACAUGGGCUGUAUGUGUGUGUGUGUCUGUUCCAGAUAUACCUUACAUUGUGAGGACCAUUUUUUCAAUUCACUUUCAAGGGGAAAUUCAGUUUUAUAAAAAUCUGUGACUAAAAUCAAACUACAAAUGUUAAAAGUCUCAUAUUUAGUUCAUGGUUAAGCUUAGGGCUUAGUAGGGAUUAGCUUUCCCCAUGGAAAUUAAUGGAGGGUCACCUCAAAGAUAUUACAAACCUGUGUGUGUGUGUGUGUGUGUGCGUGUGUGUGUGAGAGAGAGAGAGAGAGAGAAGGAGAGAGGGACAUCACCACAGCUGAAGGCUGGAGAUUUCUGUUGAAUCUUCACCAAAGAUCACAUCUUUAGUUUUUGUUACUCUGUUUGCCAGUGAGAUGUUACAGCCACCAUUUUGGUGACUUUUGACCAGUGUUUAAUAUGCAUAUCAUGUGGAUUUCUGAAUGUAUUCAUUUUAAUUGAAAAUGCAGUUUUAAUUUCUAUGAAAGUGACCCUGCAUCUUUUUCCUUAAGUUCAGCACUGAGAAACGCUGCUUGUGUGCAGCUACAGAAGGGUUACAGGUGUAGAGCUGUAAGUGAUGAUCUGUCUGGCAAUGAGAGCUAAACUUCAGGCUGUCAGAGUGAUGCUGAAGUGAAUUUUGCUCCUCUGGGUUUGUAAAACCACAACCAUUGCUGAAUGCUGAAUGUGGAUAGCAUCUCUGCACAAGCACUAAAUCAGCAGCUUGUUUAGGUUUAGUUGUGGUGCUCAGAGAGAUACACAUAGCAGGAACAGGAAUGGCACUGGGCUUGAGAGGGAUCCAGCUUGUCCCCCAGUGAGAUAUUGCCUUGAUCCGCCCUUCCCCCUGCCCCCCCCCAUACACACACACACACACACACACACACAUAUGCAUGAGGUCCAUCGCAGAGGCCACACUUAGCAUGAGGUUAAAAGACAAAGAAACAUUUUUAUGUAGAAAAUGGAAAAUAGCUUAUUCAUAUGGAAGAUAAUAAAACUAAUGUGGUUUA